AUGCGUGAGCUCGUGUCCGGGGCCUUAGCUGUUGCUCAAGCGGAGGAUUUUGGGAAGUACCUGGGAUUACCUUCUGUGGUUGGCAAGAAUAGGAGGGCGGUUUUUGCUUAUGUUGAGCAAAAGCUGAGGCAGAGGUUUGGCUCCUGGAAUAAGAGGUUAUUGUCUAAAGCUGGUAAGGAGGUCCUUCUGAAGAGUGUGGCACAAGCCAUGCCAACAUAUACUAUGAGUAUUUAUCUGCUCCCAUCCUCUUUAUGUGUUUCUCUGGAAAGACUGAUGAACAGGUAUUGGUGGGGGCGGGCUGGAGAUGAAGGAGGCAUUCACUGGUUAGCUUGGGAUAGGAUGUGUAAACCAAAGAAGUUUGGAGGAAUGAGAUUUAAGCGUUUACGUGAGUUUAAUCUGGCUCUACUGGGUAAGCAAGGUUGGCGGCUACUAACCAAUCCCUGUUCUUUGAUGGCACGUGUUUUUAAGGCAAGGCGCAGGAUUGGUAAUGGCAGUUUGACUAAGAUAUGGACAAUUCCCUGGCUACCAGAUGCCCAUAACCCAUAUGUUGAAUCUGAUCAGAUUUUUAAUAACCAGUCUUUACUAGUCUUGGAUUUGAUUAGUGCCCAUACGGGGAGGUGGAAUGGUGAUCUUUUACACCAGUUGUUUAAUCCACGGGAUGUGAUGUUAAUAUCUCAGCUACCUAUUCAAAUCCCCUCUUUUGCCAACAGGAGUUUCUUGCAAUGGUCAGAAGAGUGGCUCGGUGGUACGUCUGGGAUUGGCGCAGAUGUCCAAGGUCGUAUUUGCGGAAUUCUCCAUGCAAUUUGGACUGCGAGGAACUCGGCGGUGUGGGAAGGGUGUAUGCCGACUCCGUGCUCCCUCCUUCGGCGCUUCUCGGCUGCGUGGACCACAUGGACCGAGUGUGAGCAACGCCGACAGCAAGCCUGCAGCCGUAACAGUAUCCUGCAACCAACACCCCCUACUGCAACGUCUCAGGUUCCCAUGUCGUAUCGAUGCUAUGGCGAUGCCGGCUUCCACGGAACAAAUCAUUCAGCAGCAUUUGGUUUUAUUGUAUUGGAUGGCGACUCCUCCUUUGUGGCGGCGGCCAACGGCUCGUUGUCGUGUCAGUAUGAUCCUCCUUUAGCGGAAGCUAUGGCGCUGUGCGAGGCCCUCUCUUGGUUGAAGGACAAUGGGUAUUCAGGUGGAAGACUUUACACGGAUUCAUCGGUUUUGGUCUCAGGAUUAGAGUGUGCUUGUUCGUUUCGCAAUUAUUUUGGUUUCAUUUUAUUAUCUUGCAAUCGUUUAAUUAAUGCUAUGCCUGGAACACUAUUUUGUUUUGUGAAUAUGGAGGCCAAUCAUGUGGCUCAUUCCUUAUCUAAACAUGUAUCUGCAGUAGCAGGUCGUUAUGUUUGGAGGGAUUUUCCUCCUGCUUUUAUUCAGCCCUUGGUGGCUAAUAUAAUCUGA